AUGAAAAUAGAAUUUGUAGACAUUCUCUUCGCGAGCCAGCGAGAACAAAUUGUCAAGCGCCUCAAGGGCUGCUCUCCCGGCUCCAAAAACAAGCCCAAAACGUCGCUCGUUAUAACCCGGGAGCCCGAGCCCGCUAUGAUCCCUUUUGUUUUAGAAAUCCUGGGCAGGAGCGACGUGGUUGAGGCCCUGGCCUGGUUCAGUCGCAGAAAGAACACGGGCUUAUGCGUCCUGUCCGGUUCGAGAAUCGUCGCCAACGUCACUCUUCGUCAACCCUCUGUCACCCCUGGCGCCACCGUCACUUUCCACGACCGCUUUGAUGUCCUCUCCCUCUCCGCCACACUCUUCCUCCACGCCUCGCCGACGAUCGCACUCUCCGCCUUCGCCGUCUCGCUCGUCGGCCCGCCGGGCCAGAUCAUCAGCGAGAAAGAACCAAGAAGAGAGGGAAGAAGAAGUGAGAAAGAAGCCAGAAAGAUACGGGAAAAAAAUAAAAAAAAACAUGAACUUCAAUUAACCAUAUAA